AUGCCUCCGCUGCCAACGAGCGGGACCUCGUACCCACCCUCGUCCUCCGGCUACCAACCGCUCCACCUCGACGAACCCGACAACGAGCAGCAAGGCGACGUCGAAUCUUACCCCUACGCAUCCACAUCGACGCACGUUAAACAGCGAACAUUCGCGUCCUCGCCGUACCGCUCACAGGCCAACGAUCCGACGCAUCUCCUCCAGACAUUCCUCUCGGAUACACGGCCGCCGACAGCGCAGCCAAAGGACCUUCACCUGCGCAUCAGUGUGCGCUGUCCACAGACGACCGCGACAAGGCACGUUGAGCUGCCGCUACCAGAGCUGACGACGCACGACGCGCUGCCGUUUGCGCUUGCGGAUGACGUGCCCUGCUUGCGAGGGCUGCCAGGCUCUGGAGCACGCACGUGGAAGGGUAGAUUGCGCAGGCUGGUCGACGAGCUGACGAGCAGUUCUUCGUCUUCGUCCAAUCACACCAGGUUGAAUGUGGGUGAAGCCGCAACACUGCAAGUAUGGAACGCUUCACAGUCGAGACCCCUUUACUCGAGCGAGGAGGAAGUGCAACGAUAUCACAAACGGCUUGAAACCUCGACCUUGCCGCCAUGGACGCCGUUGAAUGACGAAUUCCUCGCCCCGCCAACUACAGCUACAGCACACGACACCAAAACGCACGCCAGCAACGGUGAAGUUGACGAGCAGGUGGACAAACUCUUCGACGCCUCGAGCUCACUCGGCGACUUUGACCUGUCUUCGAUCUUCAAAAGGACACGAGAGCGCAAGACGUCGCGCUUGGUCUCGUCGGGCUUGCAAGAGGCGAUUGAGCGGUUUGCAGACGACCGCCAUUUCUCCAAGCAUCUGGUGGCGAGGGAGUGCGUUUGGGGGUGGAAUAGAGCCUUGCUGAAGAAGCGCGUGGUGGAGAUGGCGGCAGAAGCGACAAUGACGGGCAAAGGGAAAUCGAGAGAAGUCACAGACGGUGUGCAAGUGGAGAUUCAGGUGGUCGGGCUCGCUUCACCAGUGUACCAUGUCGUGUGGGCGCCUAUCGCGUAUCUGUCUACUCGCUGCCGAGGGCUGUUCGACUCACGAGCUGCGCUACUCGGCCUCGUCGGGCUCAUCGCACUUGUGCUUGGUACAACACUACUCGGGGUGCUCUCCAACACCUUGAUCAUCCUCGUAGCGCUUCUGACCAUUGUCGCGUGGUCGACGCUCACGUGGCUCGUACGCACGCAGAACGCAUGUGUCUACGACAACAUCGGCACUGCAUGGCCUCUGGCGCCGCGAUGGGUCAAGAUCGUCGAUGCGGAUCCCGGGUGGGAUCGCGCCGCUGUCGUGGAGAGUUUGGGCACAAAAGGGGCGGAGCUGAAGCUCGAGAGCCGAGAAUCGGAAGGCUGGUUCGUUCAGAGGGGGAUGGAUCAGGACGAGUGGUUACAGCUUCAUCGCGAGCGCCUGGUACACCUGUUAAAGCCGUGA